AUGUCGCUCAGAGCCAAGUCCCACUCAGACCUGCCGUCUCUGGGGAAGUCUCUGGACGACCCGCUGCUGUCCACCCUGUCCCUGAGCUCCUCCAGCAUGGGCCGACCCAAAGUCCAGACUGGGCUGCUCCCGGGGUCUCUGCCUGGGUCUCUUCCACACCCAGGGAACACAAACGGCUCAAACGUGCGGAGGCCGGUGCGCGCAGUGAGGCCGGUCAGUGCCGUUGCUCCCACUGGGUCUUUCCUGCAGAUGAACCACCUGCAGGGGGAGCUAGUGCGCAAGAGGAAGGAGGUGGAGGACCUGAAGAGGGAGAACAAGCAUCUGUCAAACGAGAUUCACAUGGAACGAAUCAUGAUGAGGAACGAGAACGAGCUGAGUAUGAGGAACCUCAGGAACCUGAACCAGGACAUGCAGAACCAGCUCAAGGAGCUGAAGCAGAAGCUGCAGCUGAGCCAGCAGAGGGCAGCCCUGAGCUCACGGGCAGCAGAAGAGGCAGGGAUGGCUCGAGCAGACGCAGACAAGAAGCGAGCAGCGGCUGACAACCGAGCUCUGGUGUCGGAGAGCGAACUCAGCGCCUCGGACGCAGAGAGACGAGAGCUGCGGCAACAGCUGCAGCAGCUCCACAAAGAGAUGUCGCUCAGAGCCAAGUCCCACUCAGACCUGCCGUCUCUGGGGAAGUCUCUGGACGACCCGCUGCUGUCCACCCUGUCCCUGAGCUCCUCCAGCAUGGGCCGACCCAAAGUCCAGACUGGGCUGCUCCCGGGGUCUCUGCCUGGGUCUCUUCCACACCCAGGGAACACAAACGGCUCAAACGUGCGGAGGCCGGUGCGCGCAGUGAGGCCGGUCAGUGCCGUUGCUCCCACUGGGUCUUUCCUGCAGAUGAACCACCUGCAGGGGGAGCUAGUGCGCAAGAGGAAGGAGGUGGAGGACCUGAAGAGGGAGAACAAGCAUCUGUCAAACGAGAUUCACAUGGAACGAAUCAUGAUGAGGAACGAGAACGAGCUGAGUAUGAGGAACCUCAGGAACCUGAACCAGGACAUGCAGAACCAGCUCAAGGAGCUGAAGCAGAAGCUGCAGCUGAGCCAGCAGAGGGCAGCCCUGAGCUCACGGGCAGCAGAAGAGGCAGGGAUGGCUCGAGCAGACGCAGACAAGAAGCGAGCAGCGGCUGACAACCGAGCUCUGGUGUCGGAGAGCGAACUCAGCGCCUCGGACGCAGAGAGACGAGAGCUGCGGCAACAGCUGCAGCAGCUCCACAAAGAGCACAAGGACCUGCAGCAGCUUCAGGCCCAGAGCAAGAAGAACCUGUUCGAGCUGAAGCUGCAGCUGGAGCGAGUGACGGACGAGAAGGAGGCGCUGAGGCAGGAGAAGAUCAGUGUGGAGGAGGACCGAGAGGGACUGAGGGUCAGACUGAGGGAGAACCAGGAGGAGAGGAGCCGUCUGCAGGAGAGCGAGCAGAACUCCAGACGCCGCGCUGUGAUGUCACAGGAGGAGAGCCAGAAGGCCAAUCAGGCGCAGCGGGAGGCGGACGCAGAGAGGCGAUUGGUGGAGAGGGAGCGGCAGGAGCGUGUGGCUGAGUGUCUGCAGUGGAGACAACGCUUCCAGGAGCUCCAGCUGAGGCUCCGGGAGGAGGACGAGAGGAGGUCCCUGCGCCAGAACAAAGCCGUCCAGGCCAACAUCCAGAGCUUCUUCCUGUGUGUGACGGAGAGUGACCAGAGGGUGAAGAUCCUCAAGAACCCGGACGGGACGCCACGCAACUUCACCGAGGGGGAGCCAGUGUUCAUCUCCACUGAGUCUGGUUCUGGAGCAGAGAGGAGCCCGUCCAGGUCUUCGGUGCGAGUCAUAGCCCCAGGUUCUGGGUCUUCGCUCCGGGGUGAGCUGGGGUCUGGGUCUUUGGUUCCUGGUCAGUUCGAUGAGUUGCCUCAGUUCAGUGGAGGAGGACUGGACUCUGCAGCAUCACACAGACACGGGCACAAAGUGGACUACUUCUGGAUCCCAACCAACCAGGAGUAA